AUGCCUCACUUGCAAAACAGCGCCUUCCUCUCAUCGGAUUCGUCGGAUGCCGAGAACGAGGAUUUCGAGCAAAGUUUCAAGCAAUUCCCAAUGGUCCCCCCGCAACGGGGCUUUCCUCCAACAGAAACUCCUCAAAUGCCACCUCAAGUUCAACAGAUGCCCAACGGAAAUAUGAUGGGAUUCAUGCAAGAUCCAAAUUUUAUGCAACAAAUGAUGCUCUUCAUGCAACAAAUGCAGCUGCAAGCGCAACAUCCGAUGCAACAAAAUGGGGCAUUCAAUCCAAAUCCAGCUUUCCCGGGCUAUGGAAUGCAACCAAUGCAAGGCAUUCAACAGCUACCCCAGCCUCCACCCGCUUACUCAGCAUCACAAACUCCCGCUCCACAGAGAUCCAAGCCAAAACCAGGAAAUGGCAAGCCAAGAACUUCGAAGAAGCCGAAAAAGCCGCCAGUUUUGCCGGGCUUGCCCACUUCUCAUUUAUCAAAGAACAACCAAUACUCUGGCCCUCGAAAAGAGAUCAACUCAACUCAACAGUUCAGCGGUUCAACGGCUGAAUAUCCUGCUCCAUCAAAUCCGUCGACUAAAAGAAAGAAAUCGAAACUGAAAGACGAGACUGUUGAGACGGUGACGAAGUCGACCAAACCGGAAGUCCCAUUGAAUCCUUUCCGCAACUUCGACACCGCCGAGCCGCCAACUGUUCAAAAAGAGCGAAACAUUGUGAUCAUCGCUUCAACGAUGGCAAGCGAUCCAAUGUUCGCCUCGGCAAGCGCCUUUUUGAAUGCUUUGGAUGAGGGGAGUGAUUCUGGAACGAACGAUGGACAGGCUGAUGACGCCAGUGCAACGGAGUGGGUUUCUCAUUGCAAUGAUCACGAUGCAGAUGUGAAGAAGAAAAUUGUGCUUUUCAACCUCCCAGAACCGUUUGGCGAUGAUCAGAUGAAAGAAGAAACCGAUCGGAAUGCUUUUCUAGAAGUUCUAUAUGCGAUCAAAGCCGAAAGUUUGGCCGGAAAUAUUCGCGAGAUCAAACGAGAAGGACGAUUUGAACAAAAUGGAAAACCUCGUCGUGUAAUUGUGACAUUCACCGAUGAAAAUGUGCAACGAAUUGUUGUCGAAUGUGCGCCCCAACUCUCAAAGAUUCGUCAACUGAAACAUCUAGCGCUUUAUGCUUACAAAUCAACGCAGACGAGAGCGGAUCGGGAUCACGGUGGCACUUCGCAGAAGGUUCCCGAUCAAAAGUUCGAGCAAAGAGGUCAUAAACAACACGGAACACCUUCGAACGUGCAAUCCAAUGAUGUGACUCCAAAUCAUCAACAACAAAUCUUCAACAACUCUUUCGGAUUUGCUCAGAAUAGUGCUAUGUCAGGCAAUGGUCAACAAAAUGGAAUGAACGGCCAACACCAUGCAAAUCAACAAGCACCAUUUCCGCAAAUGUUCAACAAUGCUUUUGGUUUGGCGCCGCAAGGCAAUGGCCAACAAAAUGGAAUGAACGGCCAACACCAUGCAAAUCAACAAGCACCAUUUCCACCGCAAAUGUUCAACAAUGCUUUUGGUUUUGCGCCGCCAGGAAAUCCUCAACCAGUUUCACCAAUGCCUUUCAACCCAACCGAUCCGAAUGGAAUGAACGGGCAGCACCAAGCAAAUCAACAAGUACCACUUCCACAGCAAAUGUUCAACAAUUCUUUUGGUUACGCACAGAAUUUUUGCCCGCCAGGAAAUCAAUCAGCUCCACCAAUACCUUUCAACCCAACCGAUCCGCAAUUCCAAAUGAUGAUGAUGCAAAUGUACGGAAUGUUCCUCAACUCGCAACAAGCACAGCAAAACAAUCCUUCCGUGCCGUCAAAUGUGCCAACAUCAGCAAAUGAAUUCUCUGAAGAAAGUGAAGAAUCGGAGGAAUCUGAUGAAGAAUCUCUGACUGAAGAAGAGCAAAACGAUGAGCCAACAAAUGAAUUUUUCAAGCACGUUCAACCGGCAAACUUUGGGAAGUACAAGAAGACGGUCGAGAAAGAGAUCCCUGUGCCUUCGAGCGGUGGACGGAAGAAGCAACAGCAAAAAAACAACAAAAACAAGUACAAGAAGAACGAGAACAAGAAAAAG